AUGGGUGGAGUUAGAGAUGAAGCCUUCCCUCUUAGAAGGUGCAGUGAUAUCAACUAUCCCACCUGCCAACCUGAGGUGAAGAUUCAUCUUACUGGUUUUCAAAAUGACUACUAUCUGAAUAUCCUAAACUGAAAAUUUCAAAAUCUUGUUGCUGUCGCCCUUGGGUCUGUUGUAUCCAUAUGGAAUGGGAAAAGCCACAAUGGGAUUGAAAACAUUGACUUGAGUUUCACCUGUAAUUAUCUAUCUUCAGUGUUGAUAAAAGAGGGAGCGUGCCUGGCCGUUGGCGCCAGCGAGGGAGAGUUUCAGUUGUGGGACAUGGUAACUAAAAAGCAGCUGAGAAAUAUGCUUGGUCACUUGUCAGUAGUUGGAGCCCUGAGCUGGAAUCACUGUAUCCUCAGCAGUGGGUCGAGACUGGGACGUGUUUAUCAUCAUGAUGUUCGGGUCGCCCAGCAUCACGUGGGAACACUUCGUCACAAGCAAGCUGUGUGUGCUCUGAAGUGGUCACCAGAUGGCAGGCUGCUUUCCAGUGGCUGUAGUGAUGGACUGCUGACAAUAUGGUCCCACUAUCCAGGUGCCUCUGCUCAGGGCCAACCACUGAAAGUCAUACCUCAACCCACAGCAGUUAAGGCCAUGGAUUGGUGUCCCUGGCAGUCUGAGGUCCUUGCUGUUGGAGGAGGAAUGAAGGAUGGAUGCCUGCACAUUUUGGAUAUAAAUACUGGGAGGAGCAUCCAGAUCCCAAGUAUAAACACUCAGAUUUGUUCCCUAAUUUGGCUACCUAAGACAAAGGAGAUUGCAAACAGGCCAAGGUGCUCCAGAAAUGUAACUCUGUGGACCUGUCCUACACUGACCAGGUCAGGCCACAGAGGCAGGGUGCUGCACCUGGCUUUGAGUCCAGACCAGACCUGGGUGUUUUCUGCCGCCGCAGAUGGGACAGCCUGUGUGUGGAAGUGUGACCAGUCCCUGGGCCCCUUCUAG